UGUCUCAAUACAAUAACCACUCCACGCGAAUCUGAGAUUUUCGGAAGAUUCGAUCGAAUUUGGGGGUUAGGGUUUUUCGCUGCCGACGAACUGCUUUGAUAUUCUGAUUCAAUGACGCCGCCUCCUGGACUUUACUCCGGUAGCAGCACUCUUGCCCUGGUGGCUCGUGCUUCCGCUUUCGGGCUGGGUCUCGUCUAUGGCAACAUCAAGCUCAAGGCCUUGAAGAUAAAGAAGAACUCACAGAUUAAGGCUGAAGCCAAGGCUCAUCACUAAACCAAACUUUCUUUCUCUCCCUUCAAAAUAAGAUGACGAAGAAACCCAGUGAACGUUCUCCACAAAUGUAGCUGUUUCUUCUUGAGCUAUAUCUCUCCCUUGGUGACAUUUUUCUGUUUUUCUAUUUCCUUUUUGGUUAUCGUUGACAAAGAAGAACAAAAACUUUUGUCUGAAAAAGCAAUCAUAGUACCAUUAUGAUUUAAACCUGA